AUGAUAGACUUUUCGACCCCUUUUUGGCUCAUGUUGUACUAUUAUUUAAUUGGCAGUACUUCCCUGAUUCUGAACCUUUUCACUAUAUUUUUGGUGAUUUUCAAGAGCGACAAAAUUGAUAAUUUUAGAUAUUAUUUGCUGGUUUUUCAGAUCUCCUGCACCAUCACAGACAUCCAUACAACUCUCCUUCUUCAGCCAUUUCCGUUGCCUCCAAUGAUUGCGGGGCACUAUAAAGGACUGAUAACCUUUUAUUUAUCAGUAAAUGCCUAUCACCACGUGGCAUUUGGAAUUUCCUCAACCGUAUUUCAAAUCGAAGCCCUUGUCUACUGCUUCUACACAAAACACCAAUCAAUAUCGAUUUUUAUGAACUGUCGGCGAUGGCCGAAAAUCUUCUGCUACUCUAUGAUUUCAGUAGCAUCUGUGAUCCCUUUCUUUAUUUUCUAUGCUCUAUGCAGAGCUGGAAUGAGCCGAGAAGAGCAGUUGGUCUAUGUGGGAAGGAGUUAUCCAGAAUACCUUCUUCAAUUCUCAAACCUUACCAACAUAGCCAUCUACGACAUAUCUAUCUGGAUCUUGAUAGUUUGUGCGAUUUCUGCAUUUGGCGGAGUUUCCUGCAUCCUCCUCUUCUCCUACAUAACAAUUGACCUAUUUCUACUGCUGAAAUCCAUGCAAAAAAGCUUAUCGCCCAGUAACUAUGACCGUCAUAGAUCUGCAGUGUACAGUUUGCUUGCUCAAUUUGCCACGUCAUCAUUGAUCCUUGCCCCACCAUUUGUUUAUAUGGUGGUUACAAUUAAUCAAGUGGAUUUUGGACAGUUUUUAGUGGAAAUUAUUCUGGCUGUGUUUGCAUCGAGGAGUGUGGUUAAUGCGGUAGUGCUUAUCACAACAACUCCGCCGUAUAGGAAAUUCGUUGUACGGAGUAUUUUUAGAAAAAAGAUGGAGCCUAGAAAAGAAUCGAUAUUGGUAUCUAUGGUGCAUCGAAGUGUCAAAGUUGGAUGA